GUGUGGUCAUUAAUGCGUGUAUGUAUAACACAAGAUGUAAAGUAGUAAUUGAAUGAGGGAUGUCGAGAUACAGGUAUGUUGCUUCAAGGUUCCAUGCCAGUGCACCUGCAAAAGCUUGCCCGCCCGGGCUGCAAGACCGUACGACCGCGCUAUAAUGGUGGACGUUAUAGUGGCCUUUAGCUGCUGUUAGCGGCCCACUCCCCUAUAACGCUGUCUCCUCCCCCGCAUUUCGCAGCCUGGGGCAUUACAGACUGGAGCUCUUUCCCGGCUCAGACAGUUACAUCCAUGAUUCUCUCUCAUCCCCAGUCUACCACUCGUAACUCACCAUCAUCGUCAUAAUAUGUCCACUCGUACCGGAAUUGUCAGGCGUCAAAGCAUUGCCCUUGGCCGCUCUGGGCCCCGGUCCAAAAACGGAUGCGCAACCUGCCGCCUCCGAAGAGUUCGCUGCGAUGAGAAACGACCAACUUGCAGCCACUGCGAUAGACUCAAGCUUGAGUGCACGUAUCAGCCUCCUCGGCCUCGACGCAGUCAAAGAAGAUUGCCUUCCCCUGACGAAAGUUCGGUGAGCUCUCGACAGGACGCAGACGCUGAUGACGAAUCCCGGAGAUUCAGCGUGGUCGACGAGAGUAGCGAGGGGGCCUCAAUGCCGUUGUCCUCUUUCUCAGCUGCAACUCCAUCACGCCCAAGUAAUGACCUGCGACAUAUGCAAUCCAUUCUCUCUUCUGACAUCAACGAUCAAUUCGAUGUUUCAUCUGAAAAUCCAAAUUCAGGUGGCCUCCCAAUGGCAUCCUAUAUAACUCCAACAACUGCCUCAGCGCUGGAUAUCGGCUCUACCUCCAUACCUUCAGGAGACCAUUCAGGGGAACUCUCUCAAUCGCCUUGGAGUCCCAGCUGGAUUGAUAGACUACCUCUCCCUGACUCGGCAUUUUCAUUCACUUCGUUGGGAUUCACCAGCGCUCUCAGCCCCAAUUUCUUCAACUCUGAUCAAACAUCGGCCCGGCGUGGAGGUGCUCUCUCUGAAGUGGACAGCAGCACAAUUAUUACAGCCUCAAACGUGGACGGUAGUCCAGGCAUACACACCCUUAUACAGGGCAACUCUGACGAACAACCUGCCAACGUGGACGGGCAGGAAGAGAGUGGGCAAGUGAGCAAACCGGGAUACAAACCGGCCUUUGCUUUUUCACCACCACUUCUAUCAGACGCUCAGGAAGAGCUGCUUCUUAAAACAUUUGAGUGCGCAAUUCAGCCCCCUGCCUCUCUUGCAAGCAUCCACCCUUUGGGAUGGCCAAAGAUCAAGCGUUACGUGCUUCACAUGGCCAAUGGCAAGCAUACCUCGAUAGAAUACGGAGCUGUCAUGCAUGCCCUUGCAGCUCUCAGUGCCAUGCUCUUCGAGCCUAGCCGACCAGCUGCUUUAGCUGCCUUGGGAAGCCGUGUAUCAACCUGCCGCGAUGACUUUGGCCUUUUGUCUUUAAGGUUGCAUGAUGUUGCUUGUGUCGCACUCAAAUUGAGCCUUUCGCAUGCGGGCUGGGAAGAGCGAAGCAGCCGAGCUCUUCUCGUGGCCAUUUUCUUGCUGGCUUGGUUUGAGACGGCCUACGAUGGCAACGAUCAGGUUCGGCCCAGUUUCCCAGAGGAUAUCGCCGAACAAGUCAUUGUCAAUGGUCGAUGCUGGGAUGCCGGUUCUGCAAGCCUUUUCCAGUGGCUGGACUCGUUUGACGCCAAGAUGUCUCAUAUGGGUGGUCGUCAUCUUCUGUCUGAGCCAGCUUUGGAAAUCAUCAGGAAGCCACGCCCUGGAGUUGCCGAUUCAGCAGGCAUGGAAGUUGCAGAUGGUGAUGCCCUCAGCGAUAUUGACGGGAUAUCUACUGCUGCUACCGCUGCCCUAGUGAUGAACAGGAAGGGUGAAAAUGUCAAUAUGAAAGCUCGCAAUGGUGGCUCAAGACUUGCUACGCUAUUGGCAGAGCCGCCAACAAUUCCCAAGAAUGUGGUUUGUAUGGGGGUUUUCAACAUCCUACUCCAGCCAGCCUUUGAAUUUCACAUGGCGUCUCAAGCAUACUCACGGCGCGUUGGCUGCCACGAUCGCCACCACCGCCCACGCGGAACCCCUGAAGAUGAGCUGGAAGUGAUGAAGGCAUGCAUGGGCUUUGAAGAAGAAUUGGAAGAGCUAUGGCGACGUCGGCCCAGCAUCCUAGACCUCGAUGCCUCACAGCUACGCCUUUUUGUGAGCGAUAACAUUGCCCGCAGGCUAGAGCAGCUAUUCAGCGUCUACAUCGCGACCUUUUGGGCUCAUUUUAUAUACAUCCACCGUGUGGCAUACUGGACUUUGCAACACACGCCUAUCGCUCUCAAGGCUUUGACGCAGACAGGUAACAUGAUGCGUCGCAGCGUCGGUCAGCCUAUACACCAGCACGCUUUUGACGCGAGCAUCCCACGCACAACCUCUACGGCUAUCCAUCCUGGCUUGAUGUGGGUGUGCUUUUUGUUUGGCUGCGAGGUGUCUGAUCCUGUGCAACAAGAAUGGGCCGUGUUGCAGCUGAGAGCUCUAGGUCGGCUCAGCGGCACAACUCAACGACAGGGAACUGCGCUUGACAGCACCGAGGGAGACGGAUUGCCUAUUGGAGGAUUAGACCAAAAGGGGGCGCAGACGGCUUUUAAGGUGGCACGCCUUCUCGAAGUCAUUAUUGAGCGCCAGACUAAGCUGGGCGCUCGUGUGGAUGGAAAGUACUUGAGCCAGGAGAUCUUUGGCUGCCAUUUCUACAUCAUUUAAAUAAUACAGGGUACACCCAUGCC